GUCCCGAAGACAUUUUACCGUAACACAUAGGCUAUUUCCCGACCAAGUAUGAGAAUAUGCUUGAAGAUGCCAUCAGCUACCAUCAUGAAUAUCAGUCAGAAGACGUCCAGAGGCGCAGAUAAGGUGGCUGUCAGUUUGAUUAGCAAGGCAGAACAAGGGGUGGGGGCGAUACACCCAAAAUCACAACAAGGAGGAACACACUCGUCCUCAGAUGCUGAUGAUGUCCGAGCUCUUCCAUCCAGUUCCCUGACCUUUAUAAGAACAUGAUCUAGGUCGCCGAUACCAUAGUACACCAGUUGCCCGACGUCCCCCAUCAUCGUAGCUGCUUCAGAUUAGAUCCAAUGGAGAGUCGCACAAAUUCUCUUAUCGAACACCUCCAAGCUGUUCAUUCACGCCAACGCAAGCUCAUCCAACAAUUGCAGGCAGAAAACGCGAGGCAACUUAGUGACCUUGCUGAGAUCCGACGCGAGAGGGAUAUUUUCCGAGCAGAAGCUGCAAGAUGUAGAAAGGGACUUGCAGAGCUGCAAAAUCGAUUUGACGAGGUAUUAUCCGAAUACCAUGAUUUGAAACGGGAACGAGGCUCUCUUUCACGUUCAACCAGUGGUUCUGUCACUCGUGUCAAAACCAUCAAGAGAGAUAAUAGUUCUAGUAUAACAGAACAGGACCGCUCCAUAAAUCAACAAGCAACAGGAAGAACCCAAUUCUUUCUUGAAGCUCGCUGCCACGGAGACUAGAAGUGAGCUCAAUCCGCCUAUCCGAGAUGAGUUGACGAGCGGAGCGCAGCCGACGAGAGAACCACGACGCAAAGUGAUGGGAGCACGAACACCAGCACCUCGUACGCUUUCCAUGCAUGUACCUCCCGACGCAUGAUAGACCAUUUCUUUAGCUGCUUUAGAUUUUUUCUACGGUGAUUGGACUGAUUGGACAUGCAGUUUUCAGGGCUUGUUGGACUCUUUUCAGACUAAAUCACCCAUUUAAUAUAAUCCACAAUCAACAUAUACCCAGUAGUUAUUAUAUGCAUACACGGACUACUCACAUGAUAAUAGAUAAUAUACAUGAAACCAUACGGCUGUGAUUGCUUACGUCGCAGCUUUCUAUCC